AUGAAUCUAUCCAUAAUAGCCGUGAUUCAAACAAGGUAUAGUUUGGAUGAAUGCAAAAGUCUUGACACAUUUGGCUCUCUUGUUAAAGCUAUAUACAGGAGCGGUAGGUGUUGGUUCGUUAAUGAUUCGUAUGACAUUAAGACCAGCAAAAAGGGCCACAACUUCAUAUCACUCUCAACAGAUGCAUCAGACGCUCUAUGA